CGGAUAUACGUGUACACGGUGUAAUUACACGAAGAUUUUUCUGCGCGUACGUGCCGUUACGUUUCUGCAUCUUUCCGUCCGACCCAGCCGACUGCACCGACGUUCUCAACAUCCCAGAGCCUGGGUACGCGUACGAUCCUGCCAGGCAAACGGACACGAACCGCACGAGAUAUAUCGGUAGCCAAGUGGGAAAAGGCGAAAAGAAUCCCGAGUAUGAAAUUAUUAAAAUACCGGACGAUACGUUCGUCACGUGUAAAAGAUGUGGGCCGACCGAAGAAUUGUGUUCUACGAAGUCAAAAGCGACGGAAAAAGAACGACCACAAUCGACCACAAUCCAACGGAAAAGAGCGACGACCGCAAUCCGCAAGUCGGAUCAACGUUUGCGCGAGACCCAGUCGUCGCAGACCCGUCCGACGGAUAAGUCGAAUCGGUCCUCGGAGCGAGUGCUGACUACGAGAUCGAAAAAUAUGACGACCGUGACAGCGAGACGGAAGAUGAAAAGAUGGAUUACGACUAGUCGGACGACAACGGAACGGACUGCAUCGGGUCGGACUACGACUAGCCGACCGGAUGAUCCGUGUCCCGGUGAGGAAAGUCGGUCGUCGCCUCCGAAGCACCCGACGGACCGGCCCGGCCGAUGUUCAAACAAGUCGACACCGAACGGAGGCGGGACGAGUGAAAAGUCGGACCGGUGUUCUUGCGAGGAGUGCGAACGUAAACAGAGGAUCGACGAAAAGUCGACGACGGACCCGCGAGACCGUGAGUCGACGACGCGCAAAGAGCUGUCGUCCGCAGGGACCACGCCGAGUUGGAAGACCGUCGAUUCGUCCGCGACCGAGCAAAGGGGCACCGCCGCUCCGGGGCCGAGAAACCGUACCGGGAAACGCAGCGGAACGACCGAACAUUUCCCGUGCACAUGCAAAUCUUGUACGGUCAACAAAGACGACGACGACGACAAUGACCGAUGAUCGAGACGUGGACAUUGAUGCCGGAAGCCACAAAACUUUUCACGGUCGAGCAAUACUCGUAUACAAAUAGCUCUACGCUAGGCAUGUUUGGCGUUUCUCGUUUCGUAGUGUUUCGUAGAAAAGGUACACAUACUCUAUGCGCGUUUCGCGUCUCUCGAUUUCCGUUUCGCAGUGUAUCGUUCGUUACUCGGUUUACUGUUGUUCAGUACGUUCAGUUUGUGUCUCGCGGGUUGUAUCUUUCGGAUCCCACAAACACCGAUACUUUUUGAAUUCCUCAAUAAAUGUUAGCACUAGUUCAUCGUUCCGCUCGGACGCCACUCGGACAACUAAUUGAAGAACUGGGUUUUUAAAAUUGGAAUUAAACGAAAUCACGUGAUUCCACACGAUGAUAAUCGAUUACAUUCAUUUACCUAUAUUUUAUAUCCAAUUUAAUUUAUAACCUAGUGAUACGAACACUUCUUGUUUACGAAAACAUACGGAACGCGAAACAACACGAAACCUAUACCAUAACCAUACGAAACGACACGAAACAAUACGAAAUUAUUGUUUCGUGUCCUUUGAUUUCGUCAAUUUACCGCCUCGUUCGCGAAACAGUUUCCACGAAGAAGUUUUUCGUGAAAAAGCUAUACGCACUGUUCACGAAAUUAAACGAAAACGUGAAAACACGAAACGCGAAACAUGCGUAGUGUGAAGCUACCUUAAUGAUUCGAUGGCGUUUGUCGUGGCCGCUGUAUUUCCACUCCGGAUAGCAUCCGGAACGUUGUUUUAACAUUUAUUUUUUAUGUUUAAAUUACUAUGUAACAAGUAAUGAAUUUUUGUAUUAAGAAAUCACCCAUUGAUGGCAAUCGGCUGGGAACUAAUUAUUAUUAUUAUUAUUAUUACACAAUAAUAUCACAUAUACCAAUUGUGUUACGUUGUACAGAUUGUGUAAUACAAAAUGUGUAUAUUUAAUUGUAAAAUAAAAAAAAUUAAAAUA